AUGUCCAUUUCUGGGACGCUUAGCAGCUAUUAUGUCGACUCCAUCAUAAGUCACGAGAGUGAGGACGCGCCUCCAGCCAAGUUUCCUUCCGGCCAGUACGCGAGCCCCAGGCAGCCGGGCCACGCGGAGCACCUGGAGUUCCCCUCGUGCAGCUUCCAGCCCAAAGCGCCAGUGUUCGGCGCCUCCUGGGCGCCGCUGAGCCCGCACGCGUCCGGAAGCCUGCCGUCGGUCUACCACCCCUACAUCCAGCCCCAGGGCGUCCCGCCGGCUGAAAGCAGGUACCUCCGCACCUGGCUGGAGCCGGCGCCGCGCGGCGAGGCUGCCCCGGGGCAGGGCCAGGCGGCGGUGAAGGCGGAGCCGCUGCUGGGCGCGCCUGGGGAGCUGCUCAAACAGGGCACACCCGAGUACAGUUUGGAAACUUCGGCUGGCAGGGAGGCCGUCCUGUCUAAUCAAAGACCCGGCUUCGGGGACAAUAAAAUUUGCGAAGGAAGCGAGGACAAAGAGAGGCCGGAUCAAACCAACCCCUCUGCCAACUGGCUGCACGCUCGCUCUUCCCGGAAAAAGCGCUGCCCCUACACCAAAUACCAGACGCUGGAGCUAGAGAAGGAGUUUCUGUUCAAUAUGUACCUCACCAGGGACCGUAGGCAUGAAGUGGCCAGACUCCUCAAUCUGAGUGAGAGACAAGUCAAAAUCUGGUUUCAGAACCGACGGAUGAAAAUGAAGAAAAUGAAUAAGGAACAGGGCAAAGAGUAAAGAUUACCACCAGCCCUCCCACCCCUUCCCCAUCUCACUCUUAUUUAUAAGUGAUAGCUGCAAAGCCAGUGCUGUCUGGGAUGUAUUCCAGUGAACGGGGAAGAGGGUCUUUCUUGUCAAAGUCCUCUUCUGCACCCAGGGUCUCUCUUGUUUCCUUUGCCCUCACCUGUUUCUCUCUUCUCCCCUGGCCUCAGGAGGAAGUUUUGUUGAGUUAGAAAGUAGAAGUAGUUGGUUACUAAGAAGGUGGUGGGCCACAAGGAAAGAGAAGCCCUAGUCAAGCCCUUAGCACGUCCUUAAUUUUUCUAGAGAGCCCCAGCCCCUCACUUCCUGCCUGCCUGUUCCCUCCCUGGACCUAUCCAAAAGUCACCCAGGGAUGCUCUGACUGCACCCAGCCUAACAGACACCUGCAUACACAAAGCUUGGACUCCACAGUAAUAACAGGGAAUGCACACAGGCAACACUUCACUCAAAUGAAGUAACACCCCAAAUGUAGAC